CAGCUUCUUCCCAAGACAUUCUCCCCUUUACAUAGACAGAGCUCGAGAGAUACCGGAACAAAUAUGAAAUGACCACUACUCUUCUUCCUCUUUAACCACAAGUCCAUAUAAAACGACUCCUUCUUCUUCCCCACGAUUUCCAAUCUCUUCUGCUUCACUUCUUCUUACAGAAAACAGAGAGCUUAGCCUUCCCUUUUCCUCAUAAACGAACACACUAAAGAAGAGACAACAAAGGCAGCAGCAAGAAGUUUGGAGAGAAGACAGAACCGACAACAAGCAUCAAACAAACAAGGUUACUAUUUCUUCACCCUUUCCAUCCGUUUCAAUCCAUAACCCAAUUCUUGCUUUAAAGCUAAAGAGCAAAGGGUAGUCUUUUCUGAAAAGCAGCUUGUAUGCUAUGGUUGGGAAACCCAUUUUAAUUUUUCUCUCUACCUUAUCUUCUACUCCUUCAAGUUCAUUUUAGUUAUCUAAAUUCCCAUUCAAAUCUAUAUAGAUAUCUCACACAACUACCACAUAACAUUGCCAUUACCAAUUUUGUCAUAAAAGCUACAAAAUUUCCAGAACCAAAGCCUCCAUAAACCCACAAACUUGCCAAAUCCAAAGACAGACAAUUACCACCAACCACAAUCCCAUUUCAGGAUCCAUAACUACAAAUGAACCCCAAUUUCUCCAAUUCAUAGCCGAAAUCAGUCCUAAGAUCCCAAAACACAAAACCCAUCAAUAAAAUCCAUCGUAUCAUGACAGAAAAACAGAGUCCAAACAAAGAUAGAGCCGAACCUCACCCACCAGCCACAUCAGCCGCCGGAGGUGACCCACUUUCUUUCCAGUCGUGCUUUCCCUCCUCUCUCGGCCAAAAAUGAAAGAAACCAGAAAAAACCCAGGUCAGAACCUCUAAAAAUCCACCAAAACAUCUAAAAAAAAACUUACCAGAAGCAAAACCUUCCCUUAGUCAUCGUCGCCGCCCGCUUCUUCUCCUCCCUUUCGGUCUCACGGUUUCCUUUCCCUCAACCACAAUCGAAACCAAAGAAAUUCAUCAGAACCAUCGCAUUUCCCAUCGUCCAUCGCCGGUGGGAUUUUCGGAGGCGAACUCUGUUGACAUCUUUCCUCAUGGUCAAAACCCACUAAACACAAAGAUAAUCGAUUUAAAUCGAUAGCUACUGGUAUAAUCCUUGAUUACUUAACAUCACUUUACCUAAUUCCUAAAAUUGUAGUUUACUUCGAUUGUUCCUAUACUCAAGUCUCAAUAAACAUCUAUACGUAAUUCCCAUGAUAUUUUUAAUCCUUCUAUGUCAUCAUAAUCAUUUUUAUAAAAAAAAAAACUUAAAUACAAAACCAUGUAAUAGAUUGUGGUCGCUUUUAAGUCGGAAUCAUAAAAAAAAUUCAUAUCAAAAUCAUUUCUUGGAAAUCCCAAUUUCAAGUCCUAUACACAAUCGUGCCAAAUCCUUCAUUUUUAUUCGAAUUACGUGGACUUUGAUCCCGACUAUUUGGAUACGUAAGCAACCAAUAGCUUCGAGUACAACUAACAAAUUUUCUCCACUUAAAUCAUAAAUACCAAAUUACAUCUCUUGAAUAAGGAAAUCCAUUAUUAUCUUAAUCACGUAUCGAUAGAAGCAUGUUAAGAUCCUCUUUCCAAAACCUAUCAACUUCACCGAAUUACGUGGACUUUGAUCCCGACUACUCGGGUACGCAGGCAACCAAUUGGUUCGAGUCCGACUAACAAAUUUUCUCAACAAUUUAACGUGUAAGCGUUAACACUUCAAAUCACUCUUUUUUAAACACCCAACCCUUAAAAACUUAUCGAUUUAAGUAGUACCAAUUUUGGGCAUUAUGGAAUGUGAAUACAAUUCCGCACAUGUAAUCGUACUCCCGAAUCUAUAAUCUUAAAUUUUGCAGACCACAUCUCGGUUCUGACCUUAAGGUCGAGACCAAGCCAAAAGGUGUUCAAUCCACCACAAUUAAGAUCAAUGGCUACUCUGAGCAAUCUCGCGAUGGAUCCCCCAAAUUGAGGGGUGGUUGCGACACUAGGACCUGAAAUAUGACCAAAAGAAAAGCACAACAUAUCAUAAAUUAGGUCGAGGAACGACAAUCAUAAAGUCAAACAAUCAAUAUAUGAAAGUUAAAACAUGUACAAUCAAAUAUAUUGCUUCAUCAGAAGUGGUUAUUUCUUGUUUUUUUAUCUAGGUUUGAGGUGACCAUCCCCUUAGGUUGAGAUUAUAAGUCAUAUCAAGUAAAACAAUAUUUUAAUUGCAUAAUCAUAUAAUUGAAGCAUUGGGUUUUUACCCUCGUAGGAAUCCAUGCUUACCGCGCAAGAGAUUUUAUAGUUACAUGACCAUUGAACUAAGAAUUCCACUAGGAGUGCAACUAGGAGACAUGAUGGGUACUGAAUUCUUUUGUUUAUGCUGUUAAAAUACGGUACGGAAAAGUUACGUAUAAAAUAUGUACGGAUAUAGUAUUUUAAUGGUUAUAAAUAUAUAAAAAAAUAACUAUUUUAAAAAUAAUUAAAUAUAAAUAUAUUAGACGGGUUGUAUACGUGUUUAGUACGGGAGCCGCCAAAUGAAUGGAAAAAAAUAAAACAACUGAACAAUAAUACAUAUAAAAUAUGUACGGGCACAUAUACGUAUAUUAAACGAAGUAUUUACUAACUAUGGUAGGUAACACAUCUCAGAGUUAUAUUGACUAGAGAAUAAUUAUGACAUAUCAAUGCUUCAAAGAGAUAAUGAAAGAUAGAAAAGGUGGAAAUUAAUGCUUUUUCCCAGACCAGAAUCACUGAUGUGUGCUUGGAAUGGAUCCUGACUCCUGAGAAUCCUUAAGACAGAGAGAGAUGGGAAUGGAGACGACGGUCAUGGUGGUAUCAGAAUCACACAGACAGAAGAUAAAGGUGUAAGAAAGAUAGAUAGACAUGAUAACUCAAAAUUAGACACAAACUAAUGAGGAGUCCUCUGAACCCAUUGUUUGAUUGUUUUUGUGUUUCUGCUCGUAUUUUAUUUUUAUUGGAAUUUCCACACACACCUACAAGAAAUUGAAUUUCGUCCUUCAGUAUUUUCUUUUAAUUUGGCAUCAUGGUAUAUGAAAGUUGUGGGCCCACAGCCACAACCCAACUUGACUUGUGUAUAUAUAUUUUCUCCAGCGUGGUGUCUCAAUCUCAUUCCAUUUCCAUUUCCAUCUCGAGCAGGGUGACAAUUAUGCCAAUGACAGAAUAGAAGCACAAACAUUCCCCUCUUUCAACUGUCCAGUGUUGGCUACUUGCAAACCCAAAAAGAUAUCAGAAAGAUUUGGAGUGCUCCAUAGUACAUGAGAAACUCAACUCAUGUUCAGGCACCUGCUUCAUGCAAUAGGAUUCAGGCAUGGCAGACAACCAUCAAGAGAGCAAAACCAACUCCACUGCCACUACAGUCGCUUCAGAAUGUUCACCAUUGAGCACUAGCAUUGUUGCCCCAUCCAUGGCUCCUCCUUUCACCGGAUUCCUCGAAAGAAUUUCUAGCUGGACUUGGAUGAAACCAAACACUGUGGGAAGCAGCACAAGACAGCGAGUUUUCAGAAGGGAUGUUGAAGAGGACGAGCAGCUUCCUUGUGCUGCUGCUCACUGUCUCUCUUCUUACUACAGCGUCUUCGUCGUUCGACUCGCCAUCAUGGUGAUGCUUGCAAUUCUGAUAGGCCUUCUCACCAUACUCACCUGGCAUUUCACCAAGAGCUACACCAAGAAGUCGCUCGACACCCUAGCUUCAGGCCUUCGUUACGAGCUCUUACAGCGCCCCAUCUUGCGAAUGUGGAACAUCGUCAACUCCACUUCCGAGAUCACAACUGCCCAAGUCAAGCUCACCGAAUACGUCCUAAGACGCUACAGCAAUCCCUCAACUCAGGCUGAACAAGUAGAGCUGUACGAAGUGAUGAGAGAUGUAACGUGGGCACUAUUUGCGAGCAGGAAGGCUCUCAACGCAAUCACCAUAAAUUACAGAAAUGGAUUCGUCCAAGCGUUCCACCGAGACCACAUCACAAAUAGCACCUUCUACAUCUACUCCGACCUCGUCGACUACUCAAUCACAACCACCACCACCAAUGGCAUCAACUCCACAAUGUCCACAACCGCCCACCGAGGGUGGGACGUUGAUGCCAUCCAAAACAACUUCUCUGCAAUCUGGUACCGAGAGCCGCUCGACCCUGUAACCGGCGACAAGCUAGGAAAGGCGCAGCCGAUUCUCCCCGAUGAUUUGAUCAACAUUGCGGGGCUUUCACAGGUGCCAGAUGGAGUAGCCUCGUGGCACGUGGCGGUGAGCAAGUACGCCGACUCGCCGAUGCUCUCUGCGGCGUUGCCCGUCUGGGAUUCUUCCAACAAGACCAUCAUCGCGGUUGUGGGUGUCACCACCGCACUCUAUAGCGUCGGGCAGUUGAUGAGGGAGCUUGUGGAGGUUCACAGCGGCCAUGUUAUCUACUUGACCUCUCAAGAAGGUUAUUUGCUUGCCACUUCCACGAAUGCGCCUCUCUUGACCAAUUCAUCGUCGGGGACCAAGCUUAUGAUGGCUGUCGACUCUGAAGAUCCCACUAUAAGGAACGGUGCUCAGUGUUUGAAUCAGAUCUACGGGAAUAACUUCCCAGCGGGGCAUGUGGUUCACGUUGAGAAUGCUCAUCUUGGGCACCAACAGUACUAUAUUGACUCCUUCUUCCUCAAUCUCAAGAGACUCCCCAUAGUCGGGGUGAUCAUGAUUCCAAGAAGCUACAUAAUGGGGAAGGUGGACGAGAGAGCGUUCAAGACAUUGGUGAUAUUGAUUUCUGCUUCUCUGUGCAUUCUAGUAGCUGGGUGUGUCUUCAUUUUGAUUCUCACCAAUGGAGUGUCCAAGGAAAUGAAACUGAGAGCAGAGCUUAUCAGCCACCUUGAUGCGAGAAGGAGAGCCGAGGCAUCCAACAAUUAUAAGAGCCAGUUCCUUGCAAACAUGAGUCAUGAAUUGAGGACUCCUAUGGCUGCAGUUAUUGGAUUGCUGGACAUUCUAAUCUCUGAUGAUUGUCUCACAAAUGAGCAGUAUGCAACAGUAACCCAGAUCAGGAAAUGUUCCACUGCUUUGCUCCGCCUUCUUAACAAUAUAUUGGAUAUCAGCAAGGUUGAGUCUGGUAAGCUGGUUUUGGAAGAUGCUGAGUUUGAUUUAUGCAGAGAACUUGAAGGACUCAUGGACAUGUUCUCUGUACAGUGCAUUAGCCAUAAUGUGGAGGCCGUUCUUGAUAUUUCUGACGACAUGCCAAAACUAGUACGAGGAGACUCUGCCCGGGUUGUUCAGAUAUUUGCUAAUCUCAUAAGCAAUUCCAUCAAGUUCACGACAUCUGGUCACAUUAUCCUGCGAGGCUGGUGCGAAAACUUGAACAAUUUCGAUUAUGUUGCCAAGUUCCCUUCCGAUCACAAGAAAAUGAGAUGUGCAAUCAAGGCGAAGCUGAGGCAACAUGGGAAUCAUACGAAGAAAUCCAAUAGGAGGGAGAAUAAAGUAAUUAUGUGGUUUGAAAUUGACGAUACAGGCUGUGGAAUUGAUCCGAGCAAAUGGGAAUCUGUAUUUGAAAGCUUUGAGCAAGCUGAUCCUUCCACUACACGAUUGCAUGGUGGCACUGGCCUUGGAUUAUGCAUCGUUCGGACCUUGGUGCACAAAAUGGGGGGAGAAAUAAAGGUUGUGAAGAAGAAUGGAGCAGGAACUCUAAUGCGGCUCUUCUUACUUCUAAGUACACCAGCAGAUUGUACAGAUAUACACCCUCAAACGGAUAUCGUUAGGCAUAAUUUGGUGGUCUUGCUUGCACUCUACGGAACUAUGGGAAGAGUGGUUAUGUCCAAAUGGCUACAAGGUUUGGGACUUCCCACACUAGGGAUUUCAGAGUGGAAUGAGCUAACCCAAGUCCUCCACGAACUCUUUCAAUCAAAAAGGCAAAAAAGUAACAACAACAAUAGCAUUAGCAGCAAUGGCAGUAGUAACUUUGAUGGACAUCAUCCACUGAAGGAGCCACUAAAGGCCGAAGUCAUUCGUGUUCAAGAAAUGAAGGAGCAUUUGCUAGUCAUAGUUGUGGACAUAGGGCUGCUUGACUUGAGCACAGAGAUAUGGAAAGAGCAGCUCAAUUUCCUGGACAACUUCUCAGAGAAAGCCAAGUUCGCCUGGAUGCUGAACCAUGACACUUCUAACCAGGUGAAGAUGGAGCUUCGCCGCAAAGGGCACAUGUUAAUGGUGAACAAGCCGUUGUACAAGGCAAAGAUGGUUCAGAUCCUUGAGGCCAUUAUCAAAGAGAAAAAUGUAGGUCGACAAAGGAGCUAUUGUAGGGAUAGGAGUGAUAUGCAUGAGUGCGUGGAGAUUGAUCCCACUCAAUUUGAAACCGCAAGCUCGGAGGAUUUCGAAGUGUCCAGCCCUAACAAACAAGGAAAUGAAAAUAAAUUUGGGAAUGGAAAUUGGAACAGCUUGGUUUCUGCCACAAGGUCAGCAGAGAGUAAACAAAAGUGUUCAAUUGUUGAAAUGACGGGUGGAAAUUCAGAGGAAGGGAGUUGCAAGACGGAAAGGAAUGCGGUGGAUGGGAAACAUGUGAAAGCUCUUGAUGGAUUGAGGAUUCUACUGGCAGAAGACACACCGGUCUUGCAGAGAGUUGCGACCAUAAUGCUGGAGAAAAUGGGUGCUAGUGUCGUUGCUGUAGGUGAUGGACUUCAAGCUGUGGAAGCCCUAAACAGUAACAUGAUGACAUGUGGGAGUGCAGCCGCAAAUUCACCUGAGAUUCAAGACUCUCAGGCGUUCGACCUCGUUUUGAUGGAUUGUCAGAUGCCGAAGAUGGAUGGAUAUGAAGCAACAAAGGAGAUCAGGAGAUGGGAAGAAGGAAGAAGUGGGGUUCAUAUCCCGAUUGUGGCAUUGACGGCCCAUGCAAUGUCGUCGGAUGAAGCUAAGUGCUUGGCCGUGGGGAUGGACGCUUAUUUAACAAAGCCAAUUGAUUAUAAGCUAAUGGUUUCCACCAUUUUAUCACUUACUAAACCAAUAACGACUUCUUAAUAGUCUUCUCUCGACCUUUAAACCCCUCAUUUUGGCAAUAAGAGAAAAAUUAGACAUAUCACAAAUGUCAAAACGAUCCUGUCAUUUUUGUAGGAUGCAACAAUAUGAGGCUAGAGAUUGACAGGGUUCAAUGAUCCACAAAAGGUUGUAUGUAUGUGUAAAGUGUAACAUAUCAUCAUCGGCUCUUUUGUUGCUUAACUAACAAAAGGAUCCUUUGUGACAUUUGAAUUGUGAAAAUGUUCAACAUGUACAAAUUAUAUUGUUGGCUAAUGAUUUUCAUUAUGCAAAUGAUAUAACCGCAUGGAUACUAUGGGCCAAGGUUGUCAACUCAUAUUGGAUAGUCGAUCCAAUCAAGUAACUUGGUUGUGGUUGCGGUUAAAUGGUUGAAGACGGUUCAAUUGGAUACUUGAUUUAUCUAGAUUCAUAAAUAAAGACUUUGUUAUGGU